AUUAGAUUAAAGAGCUUCAAUUAAACGAUAACAGGAAUCAUAAUUAGAUGGGGAAAGAGGCAAAGCUAAAAUAUCAAAAAAUAAUUUAAAUAUUAAUAUAAAAUAAUUAAAAGAAAUAAAUAUCAAAAACUUAAAAAUAAAAAAUUUAAAAGAAAUAAAAGUAGGGUGGGGGAGACAUAGUGGGGCCCUUUAUCUUUUUGUAAUUUCUUUUUGUUUUAUUGGUGCUUAUAUAAUUGGCUUGUUAAGUACCCUUUUUUAUACCAAACCCUACCUUAACAUUUUUGGUCUCCUCAAACUUGUUCUUUUUUCUCUUUUGAGUCUUCAUCUUCUCUUAGUUUACCUCAAGAGAAAAGCAAGCUCAAGAGAAAAAGACGACAAAGAAGAAGAACAACAACAACUCAGUUGAUCAUAUAUGGCGCCUGUUGCAUUGCCACCUGGUUUUCGGUUUCAUCCAACCGAUGAAGAAUUGGUGGCUUACUAUCUUAAGAGGAAGAUCAAUGGUCGUAAGAUUGAUCUAGAGGUCAUUGCUGAAGUUGAUCUCUAUAAAUGUGAACCUUGGGACUUGCCAAGUAAAUCACUACUGCCAAGCAAGGAUUUGGAGUGGUAUUUCUUUAGCCCUAGGGAUCGCAAGUACCCUAAUGGCUCAAGGACUAACCGUGCAACAAAGGCGGGUUAUUGGAAGGCUACUGGAAAGGAUCGAAAGGUGAACUCACAAUUGCGAGCUGUGGGGAUGAAGAAAACAUUGGUUUACUAUCGAGGGAGAGCACCUCAUGGACAUCGAACUGGUUGGGUUAUGCACGAGUAUCGCCUUGAUGAGAGGGAGUGUGAAGUUGUUUCUGGCCUACAGGAUGCUUAUGCGCUAUGUCGAAUAUUCAAGAAAACAACACCACCAACACCACCCAAGAUUGCACCACAAUAUGGUUACACCACAAAUAUGGCUCAAAUGUCAAGUGAUCAACAAUCUUCAAGCAUAGAUAUAUACUCCGAGGGAAGAUGUGAUGACUUCGAAAGCUCUGCCUACUCGGUUCCUAUUGAAAGAUCAUGUACAACUAAUAUCUUUGCUCAAGGCCAUGCAUCAUCCUCUUCGUCUCACCGCAAUAUGGGUGAUGGACAAUGGUUACAGUAUCUCAAUGAUCAAGAUGAUUUUAGCUUCCCUACCCCAGCAUUUCAUAAUAGCGGCUCCCUUCCAUAUCCCCCCUCUAAGGUUGACAUUGCAAUCGAAUGCGCGAGAUUGCAACAUCGUUUCACCUUGCCUCCUCUAGAAGUAGAGGGAUCUUCAAAUUAUGGGACAACAAACCUCUCUAAUAUGGGAAUGUGUUAUAACAAUGGCGGUACAAGUACCGGAGGUGAUAUCCUAGACGAAAUACUAUCAGUAGCUCAAGCUCAACAAGAUCUUAUAAGUCACCCCAACACCAUGAUAGGAGGACAAAGCUACAACAAUCACAACUAUGGUGAUACAAUGAAUAAUCAGGCAAAUUCGAUGAGGCCGAUAAUGGAGAAUUCAUGGGAGGAUAAUAUGAAUACGAGCUUGGUUGGAAUGGGGAAUGUAGAUGAGUUGAAAUCAGAAAGGAUGGUGGAUUUUUCUGAUUUAGUUGUUUUUGAUGAAAGAAAUUCAGAAAAGGAGACUAGGGAAGAAUAUGGCAUGGUCCCUAUAGAAAACAAUUCAACAUUGUUCCAUGGGGAACAUGAUAUUGAAGAUGAACUUAACAAGAACUUCAUAAACGACAAUGAUAUUGACAACUUCUCAAGCACUCCGAGUUUUGAAGUGUUUGAAGAGGUUGAGGUGAACCAAAGCCUAUAUAUUUCAUCUCAAUGGUUAGCUGAAACGCGGUUCCACCAUGUACAACCAACUAAAACUGUCCAAGUGUACUUGCAACGUGCCAUAGGAUUGCGUAACACGAAAAAAGAGGAUUCGUUUGAAGAAGUCGACAACAAGAAUAAAUCUUCAUUUUUCGACAAAUUGGCAGGAUUUGCAAGGAACAGUAUUGGGAAAUCUACACCCAAAAUGUUCGCCAAAAAUAGGGCUUGUUGCUACGCUAACAAGGUAGAGAGGUUCGCGUCAAGUUGGUUAGCGAAUAGGGUUUGGCCUUCAAUAACUGUUGUUUUGGCUCUUUGUAUGUACCAUAUGGGCUAACCAUGUUAUGUUAUACCCUCGAUCAACAACCUAGACCUCAACUAACUUAAUAUAUUAAGUUUUCGACGUAUACAUUUUUGAUUAUUUAUUAAUGAUUCAAGUAAGGUAAUAGUCUACCUUUGCUAGGAUCUAAUUGUAAUUUUUCUAAGAGCAUUGAAAUCAAAUGCAGGAUAAUCAAACUAUUUUAUUCUUAUACAAGUAACAU